UUUGAGGACACUGUGUGGAUUCAGAUCAUGCAUCCACUGUAGUCUCAGGCAGCUCUUAUUGCAUGUUAACGCGACUGGAAAGUCACCGUGAUCUGAUGCAUUCAUGUUUCCACUGACGCCUGGUGAUUUUUCUACUCUGAAACUGCGCUGCCUUGGCAUAUCUUGCAAGAUAGGAUGAGAGGGCGAUCUCCGCACAUGUGCUCAAAUCUUAACCAUCCGAGGCUGCAGACGUGGUCGGGCGCAUUUAUUGCUCCAGUCUUGAGAAAUAUGGGCCUUGGUAGAGUGCUGAAACGUGGGAUCCGCAUAGUAGUGGGCUACUCCACAGCAUCCUAUAAGGAAACAACGAUAUGAUUGGCUUUGGGAGACAUUAGGAUUAACCCUCAGUGUUUUACAGGUUUAUUUGACAUGUAGCCUAUACUAUAGUAAAUAGAUCUAUUUAUGCCUUUUAUUUUAUCUGAUUCAAAGCAUUUCAUUUAGAGUAUUUCCUUCAAAGCAUGUGCAAAUUAAAAUGUGAUUUAAACAAACUGUUGGAGUAAUGGAAGGUUGGCUCCUGCGAUUUAAAUGUAAAAUAGCCUCUAGGGCUGAGGAUUCAGUGUAACUGUAAGAGGAGUUUGCUAUAUAGGUUAAGUGUAGCUUGUGUGUUGCGCUACUCUGAGUUUCUGGUUCAUAUGUUCUAAGUUGUUUUAUGAUUCUCAUAUUUGUAUGCAUUUUUCCCAAGUUCCAUGUCGAUAUUAACUGUGAGGUGGAUACAAGCAAACCCCAAAAGCACAGCUCUUGUUAAUAUUCUGACCUUUUUAUCCUAAAAUUAAUUCAUCAGCAUUCCCAUUUUAUUAGGAUUUGUCUAAAAUAUGAUUAUUUUAAUGUAAUUAGCAUGACUGGUCUGUACGAGCAAAAAGUAACAGCAUGGUCAGCUGAAUUAAACCUAGAUGUGAAUCUUUUUAUUCUUUAAACUUGAUUUAAAUGUAACUACCUAUUUUAGCUCUGUUCUUCUGAACACCCUCAGGACCAAGCUGAUGUGGCAGCGUGACGCAGUAAGGGGCCACUGCAUCAGCAGUUUCCUUGAUGUGCAUUUUGUUUUGCUGUAGAAUGAGCUGAAACACCCUCCCCAUGCUAGGUAGCAUUUAGCUCAAAGUACACCUGCAGCAAAUCAAUUAGUUAAUAGUGUAUUUCCGGGGUAGAGACGGGGUCUUUGCUGAUUGGCUAAGGGUCUGAUUAGUUUACUUAGGGUGGCCACGUUCCCGCCUCCGCCCCUUUUCUACUGCGCAAAGACUGCAACGAAAAGUUUGAUGUCUGCAGACUUUACAUCAAUAAAUACCCGCGACGCCUAUACAACAUCUCAAGACGGCAACUCCAAACUAACAUGGCAGUCAGACUGUGCGAUGUGGCUUCUCUGCUUAGAAGUGGUUCGUGGGCGCCUGAGCCUUGGACUGGGCAGGUAAUUGCUGCCAUGGAAACACAGCUGUCCAAUGGGCCAACGUGCAACAACACGAGCAACGGUCCUUCAACAAUCUCGAACAACUGCUCCUCGCCUGUAGAGUCAGGGAGCAUAGAGGACAGUAAAACUAACUUGAUAGUCAACUAUCUGCCUCAGAACAUGACCCAAGAGGAGCUGAAGAGUUUGUUCGGGAGCAUCGGAGAAAUCGAGUCCUGUAAACUAGUUCGAGACAAAAUCACAGGGCAGAGCCUAGGAUACGGAUUUGUGAAUUAUGUGGACCCCAAGGACGCAGAAAAAGCCAUCAACACCUUAAAUGGCUUGAGACUUCAGACCAAAACCAUCAAGGUUUCCUACGCGCGUCCAAGCUCCGCCUCCAUCAGAGAUGCAAAUUUGUACGUCAGUGGCUUGCCAAAAACCAUGACUCAGAAAGAACUGGAGCAGCUCUUCUCUCAGUAUGGACGCAUCAUUACCUCACGCAUACUGGUGGACCAGGUGACCGGCGUCUCCAGAGGAGUUGGUUUUAUUCGUUUUGACCGGCGAGUCGAGGCCGAGGAGGCCAUCAAAGGUCUGAACUGUCAGAAGCCGCCAGGUGCCACCGAACCAAUCACAGUCAAGUUUGCGAACAACCCGAGCCAGAAGACCAGCCAGGCCCUGCUGUCCCAGCUGUAUCAGUCACCCAAUCGAAGGUACCCAGGACCCCUCGCACAGCAGGCACAACGCUUCAGGUUGGACAAUCUGCUGAACAUGGCCUAUGGAGUCAAAAGCAGGUUCUCGCCCAUGGCCAUCGACGGGGUGACCAGCCUGGCUGGCAUCAACAUCCCGGGGCACGCGGGCACCGGCUGGUGUAUCUUCGUCUACAACCUGGCUCCGGAUGCAGAUGAAAGCAUCCUCUGGCAGAUGUUUGGGCCGUUUGGUGCCGUCACAAACGUCAAGGUUAUCCGCGACUUCAACACAAACAAGUGCAAAGGAUUUGGUUUUGUCACCAUGACAAACUACGACGAGGCGGCUGUGGCCAUCGCCAGCUUGAACGGAUACCGCCUCGGGGACAGAGUGCUGCAAGUCUCGUUCAAAACCAACAAAACACACAAAGCCUAAUACCCACUGAGAUUGUUUCUAGAAAACUCAGCAGAAAAUGGAAACAGAAAAUGGAAGCGCAUCGACCGUAACUUUCUACAUUAGUAAAAACAGCUUUGUAAAUCAGUGUUACGAAGAAAAACAAUAUUUAGCGUCCAACAAUGUGAUUUAUUUUUGUUCUUUUCAUUGCUACGCUUUGAAUCUUCUCAAUAUACUUUAAAACAAGAAAAAAAUCCUGCAGGUCUGAAUGCCUGUGAUGUUGAAUUCUCUUGCUGUCUUGACAGAUGGACCAUCGUUAAAAAACGUUACUAUAGGUUUUGUCAUUUUGUUGCACAUCUGCUUUGAAACAGUAAGUCUUGUAAGGUUUGUGUAGUGAUUUUCUUUGUAUUAAUCUGUGUCCUGAUUUUUUGCCUUAGGUGCGUUAUGCCUUCAGUGGUUAGCAAGUACUUCUUUUGAACUCUUUGCAGUUUAGUUGAUUUUGUAAGUAUUCCGUUCAUUGUAAUAUAAGUUGGUUAUUGGUUGGCUGCAUAAUGUUGCUUAUUGUAAACUUAACGGAUAAAAGACAAAAAAAAAAUUCUUAAAGCAGUACCUUGCCAAAGAGCUAAGAACCUCUUUGAUGUGGGUUUAAAAAGCAUCUAUUUUUAUAAAAAGAAAAAUUUGGAGAAACUUUUUACUGGACCUGGAACAAAAUAUUUUGACUUGGAUACUUUGAGAAAUAUCUUCAUAUGACACCUUGUGAGCUUUUGAACUUUACAGGAAAGUUUGCAGUGGUUGAAAUUUCUGGGGAGAUUUAUGAUGUAAAAGAUACCUUUUGAGAUCUUUGUAUUAUCUUUAGAUUAUAGAAUCAAUGGCAGUGCUGGUUUCAUUUGUAAAAUCAUCUGUGGGUCCCCCCGUCAUCCUGAUUGUUCUGACUAGCGACUCGCUUUCCGAUUUGAUUUGGAAACGGACAAAAAAACAAAGUUUUUUUCGCUUAAAGUGCAUGCAAAAUUAUAACGUAAUGGAGAAAUCUACAAGGUCAACGGGGGGAUCUAAAAUCAGUUCUUCCUAAAGGAUUCCCUUCAGACGGAUCUCAUGGUGUUUGUGGUGUACCUACGAUAUAUCAUUAGACUGAUUUUGUCUUAAUAUUGACCAAUAAGGGUUUUUACAUACUUUGUAUGAAAGAAUGAGGGCAGCCAGUGAAGGCAGCAGCUUAAGAAAAACUAGUCUGAAGAAUAGAACGGAUUACUCCUGAGCUUUGAGCUCUGUAAAUAAGUCCUUUUUUAUGUUGAGUAUUUGCCAGACUUCUUUUGGUUCUAGUUUGGACUUCAUCGGAAAGUGUGAUCUUAUAUAUCGUUUCUUUUUACUUUUAUGGAGUAUGUAAGGUACUUUUAUUUUGAAUAUUUACAGUUUAAUUUUAAAGUUUGCCUUCCGUUUAAAAUAUUUGAUUUCUUGUCCCAUGGACUAGCAUUACAGUGCAUCAAAUUUGUUGGUUGUUUGGUCUGUAGAUAGUCUUGCUUCGUAAAAAAAGGUAUUAAGAAACUAUAGACAUAUGUUUUUGUUUUUUAUAUAUAAACAUUAUAGAUAUAUAUUUAUGUGGUAAAGAAUGGAUAUAAACCACAGUUUUGAACUAUUUGAUUAGUUUUUUUUUCAUACUCAUAUAUAUACGUAAUGCAUAUAACCUGUCUUUAAAAUCGUAAAAAGGUGUAUAUUGCUUUAUUCACUUUGGGGGAAGGUCAGUGAAGCAGUUCCAUUUAGCAAAAUUUGGUUGCAAGAGUUUGUGGAACAACAUCUAACUCAUCUCGAACAAACAGACGGAGGCCGGUGGAGCCUCAGAUGCACUGAAAACUGCACCUGCAUCCUGCUUGGCAUUUAAACCAAUUACUAGUCAUGCUUCCCCUUAAUGAGCAGUGUGCUAUGCAUUAUAUAAUUAUCUUUGCGACUGCUUUUUCUCGUUUAUCUAUUCCUUCUUUGUGUUACUUGUAAAAGUUAAAUUUAAGUCUAGAUGAGUUGUGAUACUUGCUGCUGUGGGGUUGAGGUGACAUUUUUCAUGCCUGACCAGCCAUUGUUGAAAAAUCUUUUCUUUCCUUCAUGAUUAUUUGGUCCUAACAAAUUGUGCUGAUGGUCCGGCAUGAAAAACUGUUUCCUCCCGCCCCUUUUUUCUCAAUUCUUAAUAUGAGAAUGAUUAUUUAUUUGAAGUUGUAUAGUCUGACUCGGUUCACAGCAUUUUUGGAAUAGAAUAUCUUUUGUUGAGUAUUUAAAAGGAUGUACAUGUUCUUUACUUUGUGUUUGAAUACUUUGGAUUUUUUCCAUGUUCAGUACAUCAAUAAAUAAGUUGAAGGGCAAUGAA